AUGUGUAUACUUCGGGRAAAAAACGACACCCGUCCUGUCGUUUAUUUGGACGAGACGUGGAUAAACCAAAAUCAUAGCAGAACACGCAUAUGGCAAAAUUACGAACACACCACAGGUUUAAAAGUACCCACUGGCAAAGGAGGUCGCCUUAUUAUUUGCCACGCAGGGUCUACAAAAUAUGGGUUUGUUAGCGAUUCCAAAUUAAUAUUUCGAGCUAACGUUAGAAGUCUUGAGAGUGACUAUCAUACCUCAAUGAAUGCCGAGGUAUUUAAAAAUUGGUUUAUUGAUAUGUUGAACCACCUCAAAGAGCCGUCAGUUAUUGUGAUUGACAAUGCUCCUUAUCACUCAAUGCUUAAAGAUAAUUUCCCCAAAAGUAAUAGUCAAAAAAUCGUUGUAGAAGAAUGGCUGAAAAAUAAAAAUAUUGAAUUUUCACCACAAGAACGGCUGUCUGAAUUAUGUGAGCGUGUAAAACAACUUAUUCCAAUAUAUAAACGCUACGAAUUGGACGAAAUUGCACUGGAAAAGGGUCAUGAAGUGAUAAGGUUACCUCCAUACCAUUGUCAAUAUAACCCAAUUGAGUUAAUUUGGGCACAGGUUAAAGGGGAGGUAGCUAUAAAAAAUAAUACUUUUAAGAUGGCAGAUGUACCGAUUACGUACGAUGUUCUUGUACUAAAUAUUUUUCCUCCAACUCGGUCAUUAAUGCAAAUAUUUUUUUUUUUGCUUCAAUUCUUCCCUUACUCGGAAAUUUUUUAG